AUGACGAUGGAUAUUAUCGAGGGGGACAGUAUGGACAACGAGUUGUUGCCGAUGUGGGCAAUUGAUGAAAUUUGGGAACAAUGGAAACAAAGCAAUGAGUUGUGUGGAAGCACAAAUUUUCCGUUGAGUGUCAGCACCGAGAACUGUGCGAAUGCUAAUUUAACAAAAGUAUUUGACGCCGAGUUUAAGUGUUUGUAUGAGGUUCCUUCACAUCUCAUAGUGCACAUGCCAUCAGCACGGUUGAAUAUUACCCGGUUGGUGGCCUGCCGCAAUUAUAAAUCAUAUGAGCCGAGUUCAUGCACCAUGGGUAGCGGUUGCAAAUUUGUUCAUGCCGAUGUUGAUUACAACACGUUGGAGACGCAUCCCAUUCAUGUGAAUUACAUAUGGCGCCACGAGAGUGAAUGUACAUACGAACGGCUACCAGCCGGAGAAGUUUUGGAGGUUCUUUCCGCUGAUAUGACUACCGUAAAUUUAAUCCCCAGUGAACAAGUUCUUAACACGCGCGGAGCUUGUGCCCGUCAUGACAUUGCUGAGCCGCUGAUCCGCUGCAAGUACUUUGAAACGAACCAAACCUGUUUUACUGGGGAACGAUGCAAUUUUAUCCAUGUUGUUUGCGUUGAUCCAAACGCACAAGGUGCCUUCAAGCGUGCACCAAAGGUUGUUGCUGAACCAAAUGCCUCAGCAUGCACAUCUCCUCAGCACUCCAACAAUAUCAAGGGGAAAAAGAGUGUCGUUGGAAAUAACGGCAGCGGUUUCAAUAAAGAAGAACAUAGCGCAGGGAUGAGGAAAGCACCAGAAGAAGGUCGACACGAUGGAGGAUCCGGGUGGGUGCCCAACGUUAGUUCACCCUCCUUUGAACCAAGUCCCGUUGUGCAAAUGGCGCUUCGACAAGGAUUAAAUGGAACAUGUGGUCUCCCACAAAAUGCCCCUCAGAAGCCAACUUCAGGGCCACGUAGCCCCUCCGCCACUACACCGCCAAUGGGAGACACCAAUACCCAAGAAAUACUUGCCGCAUUAAGAACAGCGGGGGUUUGCGGCACUGGAUAUGCUUCCGCUACAACGGGCAGAACAGUUCCACAAGAUCAAAUGAAUACUCUUCUCUCACAACUUGUCUCCAUCAUGGCACAACAGGCAGCGGCUCCGCGGACAAUUACCGUUGCUCCGUCUCCUCAGUUGGAUGAUCCCGCUGCGGUGGGAACGUUACUUUUCCUCCCCCGUGGCGCUGCUGAAGCAGUGGCGGUUCAACCUGUUUUUGAUGGCUCGUUUUUGAGCACGGUGGUAACUCUUGGCGCAGGGCAGCGACGUUGCACCGGAACCAUUCAACAGCCACGGCCGCAGCCGUUGGGGGAUGUAUGGCAGUUAUACAACUCUCAAAUACCCGGACACGAUGGCACUGUUCCUUUAAAUUGGCCAUACGCGAGGUAA